CCAAAAACUUCUUGCAUAAAGUAGAUUCAAGCACUUUCAAUGACCUGUAUCUAUGUAUGUAUAUUUUCAAAAACUUCCCAGGGCCUUGAAAUUUCCCCCCCAGAUUCACAAACUUUCAAGGACCCUUGGGAACACUGAUGGCAAUUUGUACCUAUUUUACGAGGUGGCUAAUUCAUAAGUUUUUGCUUGAUUUCCUUUCGCUGCUGUGACAUUGGGGUUAGGGUUGGGGUUUCAAAAUUGAUUAUUUCUAAUACUUGUACAUUUUCGUACAAUUCACUUAGUAUUACCCACUAUUCGUAAAAUACAUACGAAUUCCCAUAAGAUCUAUAACUGUAAUUCAAUUGAAAGAAACUCUGAUGUUGCUACUUGAUUCUCUCUUGUGUAUUGAACCCUUGGAUCACAUUGUGGUUAACUGGUACUUUAAGAUAUCAGAUGUGUUACUGGCCGUGCUAUGACUCUUAGCUUAUGAGCUGAAAUGUGAUCUGAAAUCAGCAAUUACCGUGAUCACAUACUGUUUCUCUAUGGUGAUCCGGCCGUGUCGCUUUUCUACCUUCACACAUAAAGGUCACGAGCGACCACGCGCUUGGAGUUUAGUGCAGAAGUGAGUGAUCGAUGCCUCCCAUGACUAUCUACAUCUCUACAUAUUAUCCUUAGCCUUCUGGCUCAUUUUAGUCGGGUAGUAGUUUUUCAGUUCCUUUUUAAAGAAUUUGCGUAUACCUCAUUGAAGCCAAUAGGACAACUACAAACACAGGGGGAUGUGGUUUUAUACACCAAAGGUAACAACACUUGAAGUCUGAGAUCCAACACUCGAGACCAUUGAAGACGACCUCCAUUCACACAACACCGAAAUGACACGUUUCCUGGACUAGAGGGACUUCCCAUUGUACAUUCUGUCCCAGUUCCGGCACAGGAUUUCUAAGAAACAAAGAACACUGACGGGGUUGAUAACAGAUCAAAUUCUUAAAGGAAAAACAAUCACUUUAAUAUAGUGGACUACAGACUGCAACCGAACAACCAUUGUGGUUUUUAAAUCAACUCUCACAGAUCAUCUCUAAAGUAAUUCACUUCACAGAUGGACCAGCCUGUGCCACCGGUUUCCAGAACGGAGAUUGAUGUGGAUUUGGGCUUUGCGCUUUUCUUUCUUUGUCUCCUCUGUCUCUUUUUGUUUGUUACUGUCGUGCGUUGUGCUCAAACUGUUGUGGAUCCAUAUGGAGCCAUCCCCACCUCUACUUAUCAGGAGGAGCAGAUCAAUAACUAAUGGGUCAAUGACGUGACGUUAAUUAUUUUGUUA